AUGAUACAAGGCUUCAACCAGGGAGGGCAAAGAGCAAUCGGCAUCAUCAGACUUGACUUAAGAAUUGGAAGUCUGAGUUCAGGUGUCCUCUGCCACGUCAUAGAUGCAAGGGCAUCUUAUAACUUGUUACUUGGAAGGCCAUGGAUACAUGAAAAUGGGGUGGUACCCUCGUCUUGGCAUCAAUGCCUCAUGUUUGAAAAGAACGGCGUAGUUGAAAAGGUUGUCGCCGAUGAAAGCCCUUUCACAGAGGCUGAGUCUUACUUUGCAGAUGCAAAGUUCUACAUUAAAAGGCAAGUUAUUGUUGAAGAUAUUGAGGGAAACAAUGACGAUCCACCUUCCCAAUCAAAGUCAAAGGGAAAACAAGUUGUAGAGGGAGAUCAACACAACACAAAACUCAUAUUCCCGCUUGCAAUGAUUGAUACACUCAAAACAGAUGCAGCAAAAUCAUCCAAAGAGAAAUGUGAUGCGAAUAUAUCGAGUAUCGAUGUUAGGCAGACCUCGGAUAUUGGGACAUCCUCUGGUCCACAACAUGGUCAAUACUUCGAUUUUGGUGAUGCAACAAAUAAAUGCGUCCAUUGUGGGGCUUUGUUUUGGUUUGAAGAAAGGAAGAAGAAUUUGUCAACAAAAGCAUCGCCACUGUUUAUGUUGUGUUGCAACAAUGGGAAGAUCAAGUUGCCGGAUAAUAAGUUGCUACCAAAAGGUAUAUUUGAUCUCUUUUUCGGCAAUGACGAAUUAUCAAAAGAAUUUUUACACAACAUUAGGACCUACAACAACAUGUUCUGCUUCACAUCCAUGGGAAGAAAAAUUGACAAGAACGUGAACAAGGGGGGAGCACCUCCAAUUUUUCGAUUAAGUGGUCAAAACUAUCACCUAAUGGGCACUCUACUUCCAGAACAAGGCAAAGAACCUCAUUUUGCCCAGUUAUACAUAUACGACACGGCAAAUGAAAAGAUCAACCGUAUAAAUGUUGUGAGGGGUAGUGGUGAGCAAGAUGACAUUCAUGUAGAAAUAGUGAAUGUCAUUCAGAAAGACCUCGAUGAAAAUAAUGUUUUGGUUAAGUCUUUUCGGAUGGCUAUGUCUGAGUUGGAUAUUAAUCCAUGCGCCGAAGUCAAAAUAAAGUUGUUGGGAAAAAGAACUAGAGAUGCGAGGACAUAUAAUCUGCCUCAAGUUUCUGAAGUAGCAGCUUUAAUUGUGGGAGAUCUGGAUACCAGUAUUGGAGAGCGUGAUAUUAUUGUUCAAUCGAAGGGUGGCCACCUACAGAGGAUAAGUGAAUUAAAUCCUUCAUACUUACCACUGCAAUACCCUAUUUUGUUUCCAUAUGGCGAAGACGGUUAUCGGGAGGACAUUGCGUUCGCGGACGUAGUAGGCAAGCGCUCUUCAGGUGGUAGACAGAGGAUUAGUCCCAGGGAGUUUUUUUGCUACCGCAUACAGUCUAGACAGUCAGCUUCGAGUACCAUAUUAUUUGCAAAGCGGUUGUUCCAACAGUUUGUUGUAGAUGGCUACACAAUGGUUGAGUCUGGAAGACUAAUUUAUAUAAGGACACACCAAAAAAGCCUAAGGUGUGAGAGUUAUAGUGGAUUGACUGAUGCUUUGACAAGGGGUGAAUUAAGCCCUGCAGCCCAAGGUCGUAGAAUAAUACUACCUUCAAGUUUUACGGGUGGUACUAGAUACAUGAUACAAAACUACCAAGAUGCAAUGGCAAUAUGUAGGUGGAUUGGAUACCCAGAUUUAUUUAUAACCUUUACAUGCAAUCCGAAGUGGCCUGAGGUGCAACGCUUUUUAAAAGAUCAAAGGUUGAAGCCAGAAGAUCGGCCGGACAUAAUUUGCCGGUUAUUCAAGAUUAAGUUGGAUGCUUUGAUAGCUGAUUGUCGAAAGAAUAAACUAUUUGGCCCUGUGGCUGGAGUCAUAUAUACAAUUGAGUUUCAAAAGCGAGGUCUUUCGCAUGUUCAUAUAUUACUUUUUUUGGAGAAAAGUAAAGAAGUUAGGCAAGUUCUUAUUCUAGACAACAAAAUUUGCGCAGAGAUUCCAGAUGAAAAGAAAGAUGCAGAGUAUUACCAAGCGGUAGAGGAAUUUAUGAUGCAUGGUCCAUGUGGAAAAGCGAGGACCAAUUCUCCAUGUAUGGUAAAUGCGCGAUGCUCUAAACAUUUUCCCAAGAGAUUUGUUGAGAGUUCUACAUUUGAUGACGAUGGUUACCCGGUAUAUAGAAGGAGAGACAAUGGCAGUGUAGUUACAAAGAACGGGAUCGCCUUGGACAACAGGUAUGUGGUACCGCACAAUAGAUAUUUAUUGCUCAAGUACAAGGCUCAUAUAAAUGUCGAGUGGUGCAACCAGUCACGGUCAAUCAAGUACCUGUUCAAGUAUGUUAACAAGGGUUAUGAUCGGGUAACCGCCGAAUUUUACAAAACAGGCAAUGAUGACGAGAAUGGAAAAGAAAUAGAUGAGAUAAAUAUGUACUAUGACUGUAGGUACAUAUCCCCGUGUGAAGCGGUUUGGCGUCUGUUUGGUUUUGAUAUACAACUUCAGGCGCCUUCAGUGGAAAGGUUAAGCUUUCACCUUCCUAAUCAACAGAGUGUGAUAUUUGCAGAUGAUGAUGCUGUUGAGAACAUUGUGAAUAGACCUACGAUAGCACAGAGCAUGUUCUUGGAAUGGUUUGAAGCAAAUAAAACAUGCCCCGAUGCGAGAGAACUUACUUAUGUUGAGAUGCCAACAAGAUUCGUUUGGAAGAAAGACCUUAGAAAAUGUUAUGAAGAUAUUAGGACUGUAAAUGGGGUGCAAUAUGACUCAUUCCGAGAUGCGUGUUAUGCAAGGGGUUUAGUUGAUGAUGAUAACGAAUAUGUUGAUGCAAUAGAUGAAGCCAGUCAUUGGGCGUCAGUAGAUCAAUUGAGGAGAUUGUUUGUGACAUUGCUAAUGAGCAGUUGCAUGGGGAAACCGGAAAUAGUUUGGCAUGCUGUUUGGCAACAUCUAUCAGACGAUGCACAAUUCAACGUCUGUAGACAACUGCAGAACAGAGAUUUUGUGUUGACCGAUUCGCACAAAAUGAACUUUGCUUUAGUAGAGAUUGAGAAGCUAUUAUCUAAUCAUGGUAAGAGUUUGAAGGACUAUCCUGAAAUGCCAACGGAAGGGGGAUUAUUCUUCGUUUAUGGUUAUGGAGGGACCAGUAAGACUUUCUUGUGGCGAGCACUUUCUUCCGCAUUAAGGUCUAAGAGUCAAAUAGUGUUAAAUGUUGCUUCUAGCGGCAUAGCUUCGCUUUUAUUACCUGGUGGGAGUACGGCACAUUCUCGGUUUGCUAUACCGAUAUCUAUUAAUGAAGAUUCCACAUGCAACAUACGUAACGGAAGUGAACUGGCGGAACUUCUUGGGCAAACAAAGUUGAUAAUAUGGGAUGAAGCCCCAAUGAUACAUAAAUUCUGCUUUGAAGCCCUUGAUUGA